CUCUCGAAAACACCGAGCUUUCGUCUCUUUUUUGGCUGUAUGUAUCGAUUUACUGUAAGGGCUCAAGGUCCUUCAGGCCUUCUUCUCCGACGCCCAGCCCGGAGCUCAACUACGCCCGAAACUUCCGGCCUGGACCCUGUUACCAACACGUACCAUUAUCAUCCCAUCUGAUAAGAUUAAAAUUAUACGCGACAUGCCUGGCUUCCUAGAUCUACCUCUAGAGCUCCGCAACAACGUAUAUGAAAUAUUGCUUAAAGAAGAGUUGAAAUCUCACUUCCGCGGGGUAAUGGUUGUGUCGGAAGCAUACGUAAGGAGAGAAUUACCGCUCCGGUGCUACUGGGGUCUUAUACGUGCUUGCCGACAAACUCACCAAGAAUUCAAACGGGCAAUUCAUCAUAUGGUGGCGGCGAAAGAACUUGCAUACGAGUUGGAUAUCACAUUUUCUCACGGCCGGCCGUACUUUUCCAUCUCUUGGACACGUUUCGCUGCCUUGUCGCCAACCAUCAAUCAUCUAUUUAUCAACGUCGACCUCCGGAUCCGCGAGCCUUUUCAUGAUAGCAUUAUCAAUUCCUAUGUUCCUCAUGAACACGAGCUUGCGCAUUUGCUGGAGGACUCACCUGAAAGUUUCGCGGGGCAGCUCUUCGACUACAUUGCUAUUCUCUUCAAAACGCUAGCAAGUCUGCUGUCACAUGGCAACCCGAAUUUCAAUGUUUUGUAUACAGAAGUCAUGACUUUGAACCUUCGGACGCCUACAGAGACGGUAGUACCUAUCUGCAGCGAUCCUCACCCGGUCAGACUUUCUCGUCGCAUCUGCGUCGAUCGAACAGAGGCCGGUACGCUGCACAAUAGAAUGAAAAGUACUCUCAAGGCUACGUCAAAAGGGUUCCAAGCCUUUGAUGCGAGCGAAUGUGAUAAACUUUUCCCAUUGAUUCAGGUUGGAUCACUCCGUUUUGCCACGGAAGGAGAGGUCUGGGGCGAAGGUCACAAUUUAGUACUCGCACACAACGACUUUCAGUGGUUGCGAUAUUGAACUUGUGUCCGUAUCGAGAAACGACUCUUGCUUGAUGUACGAGACAUGAUAUGAACGGCCGUCAAAAGUAUUCCAUCAGCGAAGAGAAAAUGAGAUAGAUAGUAUAGGAAGGCAUGUGUAUAUUAGGUAGCUCAUUUGAGCGUUCAAACAAUGCACGUCUUAGACAUCAAACGGCCAUAGUUCCACGUCAGGCAUCGUCUGACCUGAUCACCAAGGUGCA